GAUGCUGCAGCUUCAAGAUUUGCGCAGUGCUGAACUUGUGUCGUUUGAUGACAGGAGAUCGCUCAAUGUUGCAUUUGUGUUCAUCCUUUAACCCGGAGAAGUCUACAAAGCAUCAGUUCUUUACGCGGCAGAAAGCCAAAACAGGGACAACGGCAAGAAUACCUGAAUACGGUUUAGAUCCAAGAGGAGGAAGAAGGUGGUGUCUGCGCGUUGUCAACGGAGGCGGGCACAAUGCCGCGCCUGCGCCUCCCUCUGGUCCUCCUCCUCCCCAUAGCCCUCACCGUCCUCCUCCUCCUCUCCACGUCUUCCCCACGCCCACGUCCGCCCGCGCUGCAGCCGCUCCCCUGCGGCGCCGCGCUCUCCGAUGCGGCCGACGGCCGGUGGGUGCCGACCCCGUCCCCGGCGCCGCCACCGCUCUACUCCCCGUCCUGCCCCUUCCACCGCAACGCCUGGAACUGCCUCCGCAACGGCCGCCCCAAGCUCGCAGCGCUCUCCUGGGCACCCACCCGCUGCGGCGGCGCCGUCGUCCCGAGAAUCGACGCCGCGGGGUUCCUGGCCGCGGCCAGGGGCCGACGGGUCGGGCUCGUGGGGGACUCCCUGUCUGAGAACCUCGUUGUCGCGUUGCUCUGUGCGCUCCGCUCGGCGGACGACGGCGCGCGCAAGUGGAAGCGGCGAGGCGCGUGGCGCGGAGGGUACUUCCCCAGGGAGGACGUCGUCGUCGCCUACCACCGCGCUGUCCUGCUCGCCAAGUACACGUCAGAUACAAACAUGCAACUGAGGAGAGUUCUGAGAAUCAGGCGGCAGCCUGUGGAGAAGUCCAAAGAACUUCAGAAGGAUGGAAUAAAAGGAACUUACAGAGUGGAUGUUGAUAUCCCUGCUGAUGAUUGGGUAAAUGUCACCAAGUUCUAUGAUGUGCUAAUUUUCAACACCGGACACUGGUGGGAUACAUAUAAAUUCCCAAAAGAGACUCCCCUGGUUUUCUACAAAGGAGGAAAGCCAAUGGAGCCUCCACUUGGCAUGCAAGACGGACUGAAAGUAGUCCUGAAUAGUAUGGCCUCUUACAUUGAAAGGGAGGUUCCCAGGAAAACCCUGAAGUUGUGGCGCACACAAUCACCUAGGCACUUCUAUGGAGGCGAGUGGGAUCACAAUGGCAGCUGUGUAUCUGAUAGACUCCUUGAAGAUCAUGAGCUUGACUCUUGGUUUGAUCCUCGGUUUGGGGGAGUGAACAAAGAGGCGAGAAUGGUGAAUUCAGCAAUCGAGGAAGCCCUAGCUGGCACAGACAUUCAGUUGCUCAACCUGACUUACAUGAGCGAGUUCCGUGCUGAUGCCCAUCCAGCUAUCUGGCUGGGCAAGAAGGAUGCGGUGGCCGUCUAUGGACAGGACUGCAUGCAUUGGUGCCUGCCUGGUGUGCCAGACACAUGGGUCGACAUCUUGGCUGCACAGAUCUUGCAUUACUUGAAGCAGGAAAAAGGCUGAUUGCCUUACUGAAGUUAGAGUCCUUGUUAACUUUUUUCUAAUGAAGGAAGCUUUAUUUCAAUAUGAAUGGAGUAGUUCCUGUUGGAUCAGCAGAGUAGAUCCUGAACAACGAGGAUUACGAUGUCUCAAAGAAGGGAAAUGUCCCGCAGGUGUCAUUGUCUCCUGAUCGUGGAUCAAGGUUAUUCGCUAUUAGGCUGGCAUCACAUCAUCCCCUUGUAGGUCACCUCCACCUACCACACAGGAGGACCCAGGCCGGAUUCAACCAUUGGAAGGCCCCGAACGGCUAGUAAAUGUUCUGUGUUGUAAAUUGAUAACCUAAUGUUUGACAAGUACGUUUUCCAUAAUGGCCAGUGAUAUUUUUUUUGUCUCAA